AGUCGGCGGAUUUGUUAUGAUGUUACAUCAGACGAGUGAUCGAAGGGAACGAAGUCAAUGUUUUUAGAAAAUAGUUAGAAUAUUCGUAGUUGUUUUCACUAAAACACCACAAUUUGGUGCAAUGUCUGAAAAAGAACCCCUCCAGCGAAAGACCCAACCCAUUCCGAACGCGGUCAUAGAUCGACAGGGCAGCGACGGCGACGGAAAGCAGUGGGGCUACGAUUUGUACCCGGAGCGGCGAGGCGAAAAGUACAAACCCAGCUGGGGCCGGGUGUUGCUCGGAAUCGAGGGUACCGAAAACUUGGACAAAAUCAAGUGCGAGCGGAACGUUUACUCCUGCAUUAAAAACAGUCCGAUGGUGAAGCUGAUGAUGGGUGCUCUCAAGAGCUCCGGAUGCGCCAUCGACAUUCGGCGACACAUUGCGUGUGAGGUGUGCGAUGUGUCCGUCAGCGGCGGUUACGAUCCGGUACUGAAUCAGGUGGUGGUGUGCCAAAACAUUGCGCGCAACGAGGGUAUCGUGCAGGGAGUGCUAACUCACGAAAUGAUACACAUGUUUGACUACUGCCGGAACGAUUUGGACUUCAAGAACAUUGACCAUCUGGCGUGUACGGAAAUCCGGGCCGCCAAUCUGACGCACUGUUCGUUCAUGAGCGCUUGGACUCAGGGCGAUGCUUCACCGUUCAAGAUUAAGCAAGCGCAUCGGGAUUGCGUUAAAACCAAAGCGCUCAAUUCGGUGCUGGCCGUGCGGAAGGUUUCCCCGGAGGAAGCGAUCGAAGCCGUCGAAAGGGUGUUUCCCAAAUGUUACAACGAUUUGGAACCGAUCGGCCGGCGGAUACGAAGAAAUUCCAAGGAUAUGUACAAGGCGUACCUGGAGGGUCCCAUGUAUGGAUAUGACGUUGACUAGUAGUCGGUAAGUUUUGUACGGUGUUCGGUCUAGUAAAGUUAUGAAAUUGGCA